AGGCUUCUUGUUUGUCUCUAGCUCUCUACUUGCUUGUAUGUGAGGCGGGCUUUCACAUAACAAAUGUAAUAUGUCUAGAAGACCCGGCUGGAGGAUAGUCAAUUCAUAAAGCCAUGAUCUAGCGCUUUAUCAAGGCGAGCGGCAACAUAACGGCAACAUAACCUAUGCUCGGACAGACAAAUGCAAAACUUGCAAAGCGAUACCUUUUUUUGAGGUAAACUCUACGUGUCAAUGCUAUUCCAGAUCCGCAACCUAAUCCACCAACCCGUUCCCGAACGCCUCCGAUCCCCGAUCCCAACCGAGCUCGCCAGACCCCUAGCAACACAUACCUCAGAUUCAUCGACUCCGAUCCCCAGCCCCGACAAGCCCCGAGUCGUCAUCCUCGGCUCCGGCUGGGGAGGAUACAACCUCUCGCGCAAGCUCUCCCCCGCCCACUUCACCCCCACCAUCAUCUCGCCGCGCUCCUACUUUGUCUUCACCCCGCUCCUCACCGACACCGCCGGUGGCUCCCUCGACUUUUCGCACAUCGUCGAGCCCGUGCGCGACCGCCACACCAAGGUCGAUUUCAUCCAGGCCGCCGCCCGCGCCGUCGACUUCGCCUCCAAGACCGUCAUCUGCGAGGCCACCGUCGUCAAGAGCGGGGUGACCGAGUCCACACGCACUGACGACGGCGAAUCUCAACCCCCACAAGCAUCCCCCACGCGCACCUGGGAGAAAGGAGAGACUUUCUCGGUCCCCUACGACAAGCUGGUCAUCGCCGUCGGCACCGUCAGCAGGACCUUCGGCACGCCCGGCGUGCGCGAGAAUGCCUUCUUCUUCAAGGAUGUGGGCGAUGCGCGGCGCGUGCGGCGCCGCGUGCGCGAAUGCUUCGAGCUAGCCGUCUUGCCCACCACCUCGCCUGAGAUGCGGCGCUGGCUGCUGCAUUUCGCGAUCGUCGGCGCGGGGCCCACCGGGACGGAGCUGGCGGCGGCGCUGCGGGAUUUCAUCUCCGCGGAUCUCAUGGCGCUGUAUCCCUCGUUGAAGGGCAUUCCGAGGCUCUCGCUGUACGAUGUGGCGCCCACGGUGUUGUCGAUGUUCGAUGAGUCGCUGUCGAAAUACGCGAUGGAUACGAUGCGGAAGGAAGGGGUGGACAUUAAGGUUUCACAUCAUGUGGAGGGGUUGCGAUGGGGCGCUCCGGGGGAGGAGACGCCCGCGGAGAUGGAUCCGAAGCGGUGUUUGACUCUAACUACGAAGGAGGAGGGCGAGGUCGGCGUAGGUAUGUGCGUCUGGGCGACGGGAAACGCAAUGAAUCCUUUCGUUAGAGACGCCUUGGCCGAUGUCCAAGCAUUUCCAAACGAGUCGGCUUUGCUUAAGGAUGGGAGCGGCCGCCCGAGUGAGGACGUCUUGCAACGGUCCGCGUGGCAUGUCAAGAAAGCGCCGAAAGUCGGAGCGCUGUUGGUAGAUGAGCAGUUGCGCGUGCAGCUGGAGAACGAGAGUGGGGACACAGUGGUGCUGCAAGACGUUUUUGCCCUGGGCGACAACGCCAUGCUAGAGAAAGGCGCACCACCAGCGACGGCACAGGCAACUUUCCAGGAGGCCAAGUGGCUGGCUAAUCGUCUCAACCGGGGAGAUUCGCAGCCCACGGCCCCAUUCUCGUUCCGCAACAUGGGCACGUUGGCAUACAUUGGAAACGCGAAUGCCCUGUUGCAAAUCCCGCACGAAAACGGAGAGCAUCAUAAGUACCUCCCAGAGGGGCUGAAGGGUCGGACCGCUUGGUUAGUGUGGAACUCAGCGUAUCUGACCAUGAGCAUCAGCUGGAGGAAUAAGGUUCGAGUUGCGGUUCGCUGGAUGUUGAAUCACCUUUUUGGCAGAGACGUGUCGAGGUACUAG